CCUUCCUCGCUCUGCGCCCCUCCCUUGAUACCCAGAGCCAUAAUGGCAGAGCUACCUGUGACAGAGAUGCCUAGCGAUGCUCUGUGCAGCGGACGCUUCACCAUCAGCACGCUGCUGGGGGGUGACGAGCCCCCACCAGCCACCGGUGACAGCAGCCAGCCCAGCCAUUUGACACAUGGCAGCACGCUGUACAUGCGCACCUUUGGCUACAACACCAUUGACGUGGUGCCUGCCUAUGAACAUUAUGCUAACAGUGCUCUGCCAGGCGAGCCCCGGAAGGUGCGGCCCACCCUGGCUGACCUGCAUUCAUUCCUUAAGCAGGAAGGUAGCCACCUGCAUGCCCUGGCCUUUGAUGGACGGCCAAGCCGUGAGCUGACUGAUGGACUUGUGGAGGAUGAAACCAGCACCGAGAAGAGCCCCGGGGAGCCUGUGCGCUUCGGCUGGGUCAAGGGGGUGAUGAUCCGCUGUAUGCUCAACAUCUGGGGUGUGAUCCUCUACCUUAGGCUCCCCUGGAUUACAGCGCAAGCGGGUAUCGUGCUGACGUGGCUCAUCAUCCUGCUGUCGGUCAUGGUAACAUCCAUCACAGGCCUUUCCAUCUCGGCCAUCUCCACCAACGGCAAGGUCAAGUCAGGUGGCACCUAUUUCCUCAUUUCCCGGAGUCUGGGUCCAGAGCUGGGGGGCUCCAUUGGCCUCAUCUUUGCCUUUGCCAAUGCCGUGGGUGUGGCCAUGCACACCGUGGGUUUUGCGGAGACUGUACGGGACCUGCUUCAGGAGUAUGGCACACCCAUUGUAGACCCCAUCAAUGACAUCCGCAUCAUCGGUGUAGUCACUGUCACUGUGCUGCUGGCCAUCUCACUGGCUGGAAUGGAGUGGGAGUCCAAGGCCCAGGUGCUAUUCUUUCUUGUCAUCAUGGUCUCUUUUGCCAACUAUCUGGUGGGCACACUGAUCCCAGCGUCUGAAGACAAAGCCUCCAAAGGCUUCUACAGCUACCACGGGGACAUUUUCGUUCAGAACUUGGUACCCGACUGGAGAGGCAUUGAUGGCAGCUUCUUUGGGAUGUUCUCCAUUUUCUUUCCUUCGGCCACGGGCAUUCUGGCUGGGGCCAAUAUUUCAGGGGACCUCAAGGACCCAGCUGUAGCCAUCCCGAAGGGAACACUCAUGGCCAUUUUCUGGACAACCAUCUCCUACCUUGCCAUCUCGGCUACCAUUGGAUCCUGUGUGGUGAGAGAUGCCUCUGGGGACCUGAAUGACACCAUGACUCCUGGCCCAGGCAUCUGCGAAGGGCUAGCCUGUGGCUAUGGCUGGAACUUCACCGAAUGUUCACAGCAGCACAGCUGUCGAUAUGGCCUCAUCAACUACUACCAGACCAUGAGCAUGGUGUCUGCCUUCGCACCCCUGAUCACAGCUGGUAUCUUUGGAGCCACCCUGUCCUCAGCCUUGGCCUGUCUUGUCUCUGCUGCCAAGGUCUUCCAGUGCCUGUGCGAAGACCAGCUGUACCCUCUGAUUGGCUUCUUUGGCAAAGGCUAUGGCAAGAACAAGGAGCCUGUGCGUGGCUACCUGCUGGCCUAUGCCAUCGCUGUUGCCUUCAUCAUCAUAGCUGAGCUCAACACCAUAGCCCCCAUCAUCUCUAACUUCUUCCUCUGCUCCUACGCCCUCAUCAACUUCAGCUGCUUCCAUGCCUCCGUCACCAACUCGCCUGGGUGGAGACCCUCCUUCCGCUACUACAGCAAAUGGGCGGCGCUGUUGGGGGCAGUGAUCUCCGUGGUCAUCAUGUUCCUGCUUACGUGGUGGGCGGCUCUCAUUGCCAUCGGAGUCGUCCUCUUCCUCCUCCUCUAUGUGAUCUACAAGAAGCCAGAGGUGAACUGGGGCUCCUCGGUGCAGGCUGGUUCCUACAACCUGGCCCUGAGCUACUCCGUGGGCCUUAACGAGGUGGAAGACCACAUCAAGAACUACCGCCCCCAGUGCCUGGUGCUUACAGGGCCCCCCAACUUCCGCCCAGCCCUGGUGGACUUUGUAAGCACAUUUACUCAGAACCUGAGCCUGCUGAUCUGUGGCCACGUGCUCAUUGGACCCCGCAAGCAGAGAGUGCCUGAGCUCCGGCUCAUUGCCAGCGGGCACACCAAGUGGCUGAACAAGAGGAAGAUCAAGGCCUUCUACUCAGAUGUCAUUGCUGAGGACCUCCGCAGUGGGGUCCAGAUUCUCAUGCAGGCCUCCGGGUUAGGAAGAAUGAAGCCCAACAUUCUGGUGGUUGGAUUCAAGAAGAAUUGGCAGUCUGCCCACCCGGCCACAGUGGAAGACUACAUUGGCAUCCUGCAUGAUGCCUUUGACUUCAACUAUGGCGUGUGUAUCAUGAGGAUGCAUGAAGGGCUUAACGUCUCUGAGGUGAUGCAGACGCAUGCAGCACCCGAGGCAUUGGUACAGGAGGAGGAACAAGCCAGUACCAUCUUCCAGUCAGAGCAAGGCAAGAAGACCAUCGACAUCUACUGGCUGUUUGAUGAUGGAGGCCUCACCCUCCUCAUCCCCUAUCUCCUGCACCGCAAGAAAAGAUGGGGCAAGUGCAAGAUCCGUGUGUUUGUUGGGGGCCAAAUCAACCGGAUGGACGAAGAGAGAAAGGCGAUCAUUUCUCUGUUGAGCAAGUUCAGACUGGGAUUUCAUGAAGUUCAUGUCCUUCCCGACAUCAACCAGAAACCUCAGGCUGAGCACAUCAAGAGGUUUGAGGACAUGAUUGCACCCUUCCGCCUCAAUGACGGCUUCAAAGAUGAGGCCACCGUCGCUGAGAUGAAGAGGGACUGUCCCUGGAAGAUCUCAGACGAGGAGAUUAACAAGAACAGAAUUAAGUCCCUCCGGCAGGUGAGGCUGAAUGAGAUUCUCCUGGACUACUCUCGGGACGCUGCCCUGAUCAUCCUUACCUUGCCCAUUGGAAGGAAGGGUAAGUGCCCCAGUUCGCUGUACAUGGCCUGGCUGGAGACCCUGUCCCAGGACCUCAGACCUCCCGUCGUCCUUAUCCGAGGCAACCAGGAGAACGUGCUCACCUUUUAUUGCCAGUGACGCCUGGUGUGGGGGUUCCAACCUGAAGCUGAGGGGGUGGAGG